UAUUACUUUUCUUUUUCACGUUUCUACCACAAGUCAAAUAGACAAAAUUUUGCCCAAAACUGCCACUGUUCUCUGCUCUAUCUACUUUACCAGUCUAGGGUUUUUCAAAUCUCUCUCAUUCAUCCCCCAACAAACUCAUUCAGUCUCAGGUGAAUUUCUCUGACAUGGCUAUCGUCAAGGAUGAACGGGAGUUCGAGGAAGAAAAAACUCAUGUCGAAGGGUUUGAUGGAGACGAGGAAGUGGACGCCGAGGACUAUGAUGACGAGGAUGAGGAGGAAGAGGAGGAGAAAGGGGUCGUAAGCUCUGGUAAUGGUCCAGAAGUUCAGUCUGUAGAUGAUGAUGACGAAGACGAUGAGGAUGAUGAAGAUGAUGAGGACGACGAAGGUGAUAGCGACGAUGAUGACGACGACGAUGACGACGACGACGACGACGAUGAAGGUGAAGAAGAGGAGGAUCUGGGCACGGAGUAUCUCGUUAGGCCAGUGGCACACGCUGAGGAUGAAGAAGACGCUAGUGAUUUUGAACCGGAAGAAAAUGGCGAGGAAGGGGCUUUCGAGGAGGAAGAGGACGAUGAUGAAGCAGACACUAGUGGAAAGGUGGAGGCCCCGCCAAAAAGGAAGAGAUCAGCCAAAGAUGACGACUCUGAUGAUGAUGACAGUGGAGAGGACGAGGAUGACGAGAGACCAUCUAAACGAUAGGGCUUGGCCCUAUCUGGAGCCCCCCCUUGAUAUAGAGGUCAAUCCCCCUUCAUGUAUGAUGACACCAACUUAGUUUAGUUUAGUUUAGUUUAAGAACUUUGGUUCAAGUUUUUUUUAAUGUGGUGGUAUUUUUAGCUUGUCAAGCUCUGCCAGUUUGCUAUUUUGGUGCAAAUAUUUAUAUAUGGUGGGCUUGUUUAAACUCUGUUAAAUUUUUGUUAUCAAAAAUUCAAGACUAACCCCCUACUGUUUGAACAACUUUUAUUGGAGAAGUUUAGCGUCAAAGCUGUCAAGCAGCAGGUAUUUUAA